GAGAGAGAGGAACGACCGCGCUGGAGCGCGCCACUCGGCGGAAGUCAGGGGGAUAAGCAGCAGCAGCAGAGGACAAACUUGCGAUGCCGCUGGGUCAAUGUGUAUAGAUGCUACAGACAGCAGCAAGCUGUGAUGAUGAUGAUGAUGAUGAUGCCGAGGUCCGCGAAGAUGACGUGGCGAUGACCAUGAUCAUGAUGAUGGUGAUGAUGAUGGGGUCUCGAAGAGUGGAUGACAGUGGCGGCAAGAUGAUGAUGGGGUCCAGGGAUUGGAGACAAAAGACUUGUGGUGAUGAUGAGAAUGACGCCGCCUAUUACGAUGAGGAGGCUUGCAAGAGAUGCUGGACGAUAAGAAAGAGACAAGAAGGACAAGUGUGGGGAUGAUGAUGAGAGAAAGAGGGAGAGGAGGAGAAUGAGAAUGGAAACAGGAGGCAGACGUGAAGUGAAGCUGGAAGGGAGAAAGAGGAGAGGACUCUGACAGUGAGAGAAGGAGUGCGACAUGAAGCUGUAUGACGUGAAGAUGGGAUGAUAUGAAAGAGGAGGAGGAGGAGGGGGGUGUCGCAAAGAGAGAGGAAGGUGUGAGGAGGUGAAAGAGGAGGAGGAGGGGAGGGCAUUGCAAAGAGAGAGAAGAGGUGUGAGGAUCCUCACAAAGAGGAGAAGAAGGGGGGUCUGUGCAUCUCAACGGCUGCUAUGUGGGAAUGAAUGACGGCCUUCGAC